CGGGAAGCUCUGCUGCUGUUAAUGUAUCUCUCUGUGCAGCAAACAGUCAUGCAAUGAUUCUGAACACUGUUGUUUUUCUAGGGGUUGGAGUCAAACAGCAAAAGCCCUAUGGACAAGGUGGAUAUUACUAUCCUUACGGAGCUCCUUAUGGUACUGGUGUGGGUACUGUGCCUGGACAGGGAGCAGGAAAGCCACCUGGAUCAAAACCUGGUGCUACAGGUGGUGUAGGAAUCCCACUGACCUCAGGAGGCUAUCAGGUUGGACAGGGAGGAGCUGGUGGAGUGAAAGCACCCAAACCCGGUUAUGGUAAUCUUGGAGGAGGAGGUGUAUAUCAGCCAGGUGGUACAGGACUGGGAACCAUAGGAGGAGGAGUCGUACCUGGAGGUGGACAGUACUCUGCUGCUGCUGCUGCUGCUGCUAAAGCUGCUAAAUAUGGUGUUCCAUCAGGAGUAGGACAAAGACAAGUUCAAACAGGAGUGGUUCCUGGUUAUGGCGGAGGAUACCCGCAGCAGUACUACCCAGGUCAAUAUGCACCUGCUCCACUGAGCCCACAACAAGCCAAGGCAGCAAAAUAUGGUGCACUGCAGAGCUUCCUUGGAGGAGGAGGAGGAGGCGGAGGUGGUGGAGGACUCUACAGAGGUGGCGCUGCAGGAUGCCAGGGUAAAUACUGUGGGAGGAGGAAGUAGACGGUCCCCAGAUCCAGUGACCUCAAGAAACCAUGGUGCUACUGCAUGAUCUAGAAUGUACAUUUUAUAUGGAAACAAUGCCCGAUUAGACAACCUGUAAAGAUGUUCGUUGUUGCUUACUUGACUUCAAUGUCUGUUUUUCUACAAACCCACCGACCCAGAGUUUUGUACAUGUUCUGUUAUGAACAUAUGUUAUAGAUAGUGCCUUUAAUUAAUCAUUUAUGUGCUCCAGUUAAUCAGCUCUUAUUCUCUGUACUCCACCAAAGGGGGUUUAGAAGUGUUUUUUGUCAUUGUGUGUUGCUGCAUUAGACUUUGUGUGAGUGAGUUUUGUAUUGUGAGGAUCAGUCUGAUCUUUCUGCCUUAAUCCCCAAAACAAGUGGAUCCAUCACACCUGUCUGCGCAGAGCUCAUCGCCUUUCGGGGGGGAGUGUUGAUUUGGUGGAAGCUCGCCCAAAUACUUCAUCAAAUCUGUCCAAUCUCUGCCCCCCCCUUUUCCUCUGCGACUAUUUUUAUCCAUGCUGAGUGUAAAGCAGCAGGAGAUUGCUCGGGCCAACCCAUCUGCUCUCUGAGAUUUUGCUGAUUCCUGUUGCUGCAAAGUGAAGCCGUCUCAGCACUUCUCUGUUCUCUAAAUGAAAGAAAGCUAAACACAGUCAAAACAUUU